AGUCAUUUCUUUAGAAAACAUGAUGAAAGGCAAGCACAGACAGUCUAUAAUGUUCCAAAUAGAGCGCCAAGACUCCUCCAUCGCGCGCGCUCCUCACAACUACACUUACCAGCAUGCACUGCGCUUACGUACAUAUCAAUCCGUUGUGAAUUACACUUCCUGGUUACCUUAGCGCUAACUCAACCCACACUUGAAAACUUGCACCAGUCAACAACAACUAACAAGGUUUGAUCUUUGCAAAAACCUUAUAGCGAUGUGAUCUACAGUGUAAAUUCCUCUCGUUUCAUCUCUUGACUUUUGUUUUUUUAAAGCUAGGAAGCAAGAUAUUGCAGGAAGGUGAACAGUUCACCCCACAGCUCCAUCAGGCCAGGGCGACAGCACAGUGCUGGGCAGGAUCGGAGGGUCCGGGAAGGAACAAAGAAAAACUGAAGAGGAAAAGAAGGGGUGUGUCGGUGGAUGAGGGAUUGAAGCAGCACAGAGAACCUGGAGUGGAACAGAGGGACUGAAAGCGAGGAGGAGAAUACUAGUAACAAACGACAGAGGAGCUCAAAAGGAAUCCAAACAGCUCUGAGACAGUGUACUGCCCAGUAUGGAGGAUUUCAGACGGACCUACCUGCGUCUGUGUAAGGAGGGGGGCGUGGAGCCCCAGGAGUCAGUGCUAGCUCAGCUCCAGGAGACCAGGGGAGUCGCAGCAGGAUCCAGGCUGGACCUGAGGGGACACAGCCUGUCUGUAGACACCUGUGCCGUGCUGGGGAAGGUCCUCCACAAAGACACACUCUUCACCGAGCUGGCCCUCAGUGACUGCAUGCUCACUGAGGAAGGUGCCAAGCUGCUCCUGAAUGGGCUGUGUGCCAACACUACUGUUAAAGUCCUGGAUCUGAAGGGAAAUAACUUGAGAUCAACAGGAGCUGAGGCUUUAGGGAAGCUGUUGGUGAGAAACAAGACACUGUGCAGGCUGGUGUUGGAGUGGAAUGCGUUGGGGAUGUGGGAGGAGGCGUUCUCAGUGUUCUGUGAGGGUUUGGCCACCAACGCCUGUCUAACCCAGCUGGACCUGCGCAACAACCAGAUCAACCACCAGGGGGCCUCAGAGCUCUGCCUGGCCCUCAAGCGGAACAGCACCCUGCAGGAACUGGAUGUGAGGUGGAACAACAUUGGUCUGCUGGGUGGCCGGUCCUUCCUGGAGGCUCUACAGCAGAACAGGACCCUGACACACCUGGAGAUGGCUGGAAACAACAUCCCCAGCGACACACUCAAAGCCCUCGAGCAGGCGAUGGAUCAUAACUCGGACAGGCAGUCCACUAUGAGAGAGAGCCGCAGCAGAACCCAAGUCCUCAGCAAGGAGAUCCAGAUCCUCAAGGAGGAGAAGGGACGCCAGUUCCUGAGUCUGAUGGAGACCAUAGACAAACAGAGAGACGAGAUGGGCCGAAGCACCAGGUCAGCGACCACAUCUAUCCAUGUGGGUCAGCUACAGGAGGCCCUGAACGAGAGGAAGUCUGUCGUCAACUCUCUCACAGCCAAAUUCCAGAUGACGGAGGCAGCACUGGCCAUGUCGGAACAGAAGAACCACAACCUGGGAGAGCUGCUGACCAGAGUGAAGACUGAGAAAGACGAGCAGAGAGAACGACAGAGCAGGGAGAGGAAGAAGGAACAAGAGGACAGUGCUCUGAGGGAAGGGAAGCUUCUCAGAGAGAUGAACAGCAUGUCAGAGACAAACGUACAGCUCAAGAAUAAGUUGGAGAAGAUGGAGAGCAGGUGUAAGUCUCAGCAGGACCAGAUUUUUGAGCUGAAGCAGGAGCUCACCAACAGCACAGCAGAGCUAAAGCUACGGCUAGCACAGGCAGAAGAGCGUUUGGAGAUGGAGAAGAAGAGAUCUAAACAGUCUCUGGAGGACAUGGAUAACCUUCGACAGAAAGAGGUGGACCAUGUGAAUCGUCACCUUGACGAGAGUGAGAGGGCUCUACAGGACCGGAUCCUCAAACUGGAGGGACAGCGGAUACAGCUGGAGGAGGAGUUGAGCAGGGCCAAGGCAGCCUGUGUUACAGAGAGAGCCCAGGCAGAGGAGGAACUGGGGAAGGUGCGGGUACAGGUUCGCCUGGAGGAGCAGCAGCGUGUGAGUGGGUUAGAGGAGAAGCUGCGUGGGUUGCGUCAGUCCCGUGAUGAGUCCCAGAGCCACUGUUCCCAGCAGAAACAGACCAUAGCUGAGCUGCAGGCUCGUAGCGGACAGCAGAGCAUCGAGACAGACGGACUACGACGCAGGAUAGAGGAGCUGCAGCAGGAGUUGUCUGGUAAGGACCAGGAGAAGGUUGCGGAGGUGAGUCGGGUCAGGGUGGAGCUACAGGAGCAGAUGGGACACCUGCAGGCUGAGAGGACCGCACAGGGAGGACUGAAGGAGAAGAUAGCUGCUCUUGAGAGAGAGAUGAAAGUGCUGGCCAGUAACCACAGAGAGGCCAUCCUGGACAAGGAGAGUGAGAUAUCAUCUCUGUUUGAGAAGCUGCGACUGAGAGAGGCAGAGAUCCAGAGGAUGAGAGAGGACGAGGCUCAGAGAGCUAGCUUCCUCCAGAACGCUAUACUCACAUACGUACAGGGGUCACCGCUGCACUACAGUCCUAAGAAAUGACCUCUGACUUCUAACCUUUGACCCUUCCCAUCCUUAUGUAGGGACUAAGUACAGGGGUCACCACUUUGGUUCUGCCAUCCCAAGAAAUAACCUCUGACCCCGAACCCCUGUCCCAUUUACCCCUACAACCUUGUGCCCAUACACCCUCACAAGUGUGGGACACUAAAGUGACCCAAACCUUUCUAUUCCACCCAUACUCCAUGUGUUCCUUUCCGGUCUUUCCCCCUCUCCCCUUUGGUCCCUCCAAACCACCCCAGCACAAAAUAUCAACAGCACAGAUAUUCACCUCUAGACAUCCUCAGCUUCGGGUGUACAGUGCAUUCGUAAAGUAUUCAGACCCCUUGACUUUUUCCACAUUUUGUUACGUUAUAUAGCCUUAUUCUAAAAUUGAUUCAAUUGUAUUUUUCCCCAUCAAUCUACACACACUACCCCAUAAUGACAAAGCAAAAACAGGUUUUUCCAAAUACAAAACUGAAAUAUCACAUUUACAUAAGUAUUCAGACCUUUAACUCAGUACUUUUUUGAAGCACCUUUGUCAGCGAUUACAGCCUCGAGUCUUCUUGGGUAUGACGCUACAAGCUUGGCACACCUGUAUUUGGGGAGUUUCUCCCAUUCUUCUCUGCAGAUCCUCUCAAGUUCUGUCAGGUUGGAUGGGGAGCGUGCUGCACAGCUAUUUUCAGGUCUCUCCAGAGAUGUUCAAUUGGGUUCAAGACCAGGCUCUGGCUGGGCCACUCAAGAACAUUGAGAGUCUUGUCCCGAAGCCGCUCUUGAGUGUAUGCUUAGGGUCGUUGUCCUGUUGAAAGGUGAACAUUCGCCCUAGUCUGAGGUCUCUGUACUUUGGUCUGUUCAUCUUUCCCUCGAUCUUCACUAGUCUCCCAUUCCCUGCCACUGUAAAACACCCCCACAGCAUGAUGCUGCCACCACCAUGCUUCACCGUAGGGAUGGUGCCAGGUUUCCUCCAGACGUGACGA